UCACCCCCCCACCACACACCCCCCCUCCCCUCCCCUCCCCUCCCCUCUUCGACUUCCACUCCCCCAUGGCUUCCUCAGGCCUGCCUUCUAGAACGUUCCACCGCCGCCGGCUCCCCUCGUCCGCUCCCUCUCAUCCUUCGGGGGAGACUUGCGUCCCGUUCUGCCUCCCCGGCGCCGUCUCCCGGCGACGGGCUGCCGUGCAGCUCCUCUCCGCCGGUUUCUUGACCGCCGUCUCGCCGCCGCCGCCUUCGCUCGCCGCGAGGAGGGGACGCAUUGUAGUGCCGCCGGAGGACUAUGUCACUGCACCAGCUGAUGGACUGAAGUACUAUGAUCUUGUUGAAGGGAAGGGUCCAACUGCUGAAAAGGGCUCAAGUGUGCAGGUUCAUUUUGACUGCAUAUACCGUGGCAUCACCGCUGUGUCAAGCCGUGAGUCCAAGCUCCUAGCAGGAAACCGAAGUAUCGCGCAGCCUUAUGAGUUCAUUGUUGGGUCACUGCCUGGGAAAGAACGAAAGCGGGACUUUGCAGACAAUGCCAAUGGGCUAUACUCCGCGCAAGCAGCACCAAAGCCUCCAGCCGCCAUGUACACGAUAACUGAGGGGAUGAAAGUAGGGGGAAAGAGGAGAGUAAUUGUCCCUCCGGAGCUAGGAUAUGGGAAAAGGGGGAUGAGUGAGAUACCGCCUGAUGCUCCUUUUGAACUGGAUAUAGAGCUAUUGGAAGUGGUCUCUCCUGCAGAAAAAUGACCAUUUUGUUUGCAGUCGAUGGGGAGAAUUUUAAUGUACUUAUGAACUGUGUGAAUUUCAGAGGAAUGGAUUAAAUAAUUUACUGACAUCUCAAGUCCAUGCUGAUCAGAUAUGCAAUUGUAAUAACCUAUGAUUAGAUU